UCUACUUAUGAGGCAACCUGCUACCAGGCCAUAAGGCAGCUGUCGGCUUUACACGCACGAACCUUGUAGGUGGUCGUCAAGCUGUGAGCAAGCAGAAUAUGAACUCUUCCUCUGUGGCGCUGGUGGUGGUGGUUCGAGUGAGCGUCACAUUUGCUGCUUGUGUUUUUUUAAAGAGCCAGCCGCCAGGCAGCAUGGGAGGGGCCCUCCUUUGCUGAGGCGCAGCAGCAGCAGCAGCAGCACUGUGGGUAACUACAGCACAGCUCUGCUCUCUCUGCGCUAUCACAGUGAGUCAGCUGAGUUGCCGGGAUCACAGGCGCCGGUGAGUGAGUGAAUGAAUGAGAGAGGGGACCCUGCAGGGUUUGGAUACAGAAAGGCGAAGGUGCGACUCUGGAGAUGCGCGGAGCUGAGACACUGACAUGGAAACAGUGAAGUGAUCGGAGCAAGCUUGUUGACGCAUAAUCCCGCCCGCCCCGCUGGCACUGGGAGGGGGGCAAAUCUCGCCUGCCUAAACUCAAAUCCUCCACAAGAGAUUUACGGAGUGCGCUGCUUCUGCUGCUGCUGCGAGUUCAGCCACCUUCAAGAAGACAUUUCUUUCAUUUUGGCUCUACAGGCGCUCUGUGGUGAUAAUGAGCAUAUUUUUGGGAGAUCCACAUGUCUGUGAAGCAAGAGGACCUCAUGCGCUAUCAUAAUUAGGGUAUUAAAUCCACUGUUGGAAUCGGCACUGUCACUGCGUCGCGGACGGUGGGCGGUUGGAUGCGCCCUGAGGUGUGGACAGGACCUGCCCGCACAUCACCAUCAUCAUCACCAUCAUCAUUAUCAUCAGCAUCCUCAUCAUCACAGGCAUUUGAUCGUGAUUGUGUUGAUUACACCGGAGAUCUGGAGCCAUGACAGGCCCCCCGCUGGUCCCACAGCCCGCCUGCUGACGGUACCGGGCAGGAUGGGAGCAGGUCUGCCGCGUUCAGGAUCCCGAACCAGUCGAUUUAUCAAUGGAGGAGGAGAGUGACACCCGGAAAAUCAACAACAGCUUCCUUCGCGACCACAACUAUGCAACCGAAGCUGACAUUAUCUCAACGGUUGAGUUUAACUCAUCGGGGGAGCUGUUGGCCACCGGGGAUAAAGGAGGCAGAGUGGUUGUCUUCCAGAGGGAGCAGGAGAGUAAGAGCCAGCCCCAACGUCGAGGGGAGUACAAUGUUUACAGCACAUUCCAGAGCCACGAGCCCGAGUUUGACUACCUGAAGAGUUUGGAGAUUGAGGAGAAGAUCAACAAGAUCAAAUGGCUUCCUCAGCAGAACGCCGCCUACUUUCUGCUCUCCACCAACGACAAGACGGUGAAGCUGUGGAAAAUCAGCGAAAGAGACAAGCGUCCGGAGGGCUACAACCUGAAGGAUGACGAUGGACGGAUCAGAGACCCGUCGACCAUCACCACGCUACGGGUGCCGGUGCUGCAGCCUAUGGACUUGAUGGUUGAGGCUACAGCCAGGCGGGUAUUCAGUAAUGCCCACACCUACCACAUCAACUCCAUCUCUGUCAACUCCGACCUUCAGACGUACAUCUCCACCGACGACCUCAGGGUCAACCUGUGGAACCUGGAGAUCACCGAUCGCAGCUUCAACAUCGUGGACAUUAAGCCAGCCAACAUGGAGGAGCUGACGGAGGUGAUCACCUCAGCAGAGUUUCAUCCCCAGCAGUGUCACACCUUUGCCUACAGCAGCAGCAAAGGCUCAAUACGCCUCUGUGACAUGAGAGAGGCCGCGCUCUGCGACAAACACUGCAAAUACUUUGAGGAGCCCGAGGAUCCCUCCACUCGCUCCUUUUUCUCUGAAAUCAUCUCAUCCAUCUCUGAUGUGAAGUUCAGCCACAACGGGCGCUACCUGAUGACAAGGGACUACCUCACUGUCAAGGUGUGGGAUCUUCAAAUGGAGAACAAACCGCUGGAGACGUACCAGGUCCAUGACUAUUUACGUGGAAAACUUUGUUCUCUGUAUGAGAAUGACUGCAUCUUUGACAAGUUUGAGUGUGUCUGGAAUGGAUCAGACAGUGUCAUAAUGACCGGCUCCUACAACAAUUUCUUCCGAAUGUUUGACCGAAACACCAAACGUGACGUCACACUGGAGGCGUCCAGGGAGAACAGCAAACCCAGAGCCAUUCUCAAGCCUCGCAAGGUGUGUGUGGGUGGGAAACGCCGUAAGGACGAGAUCAGUGUGGACAGCCUAGACUUCAGCAAGAAGAUCCUUCACACUACGUGGCACCCUCAUGAGAACAUCAUUGCUGUAGCGGCCACCAACAACCUCUACAUCUUUCAAGACAAAGUCAACUAAAGGGCAAUCUGCCCAUGCUGACCCCUGACCCCCACAUGCAAAGGGGCUGCAGGGAGAGCUAGAGUUGGAGAAAGAGAGAGAUGAAGCCGGUAUCUACAUCCUUCUCCUCCUCUCCCUAUGUCUUGUUGCUGCUGGUCUUGAAAUUUGCCGCUCUGCUGGGGGAGGUGAAGAGAAGAGUGUCCAGUGACUGAACUGCGGACGAAUUUUGGGAAGCAGGAAAUUGAAACAACCUGGAUACCGCGCAAGGAAAAAGGUUCCUUGAAAUCAAGAAUGGACUUUCAUUCUUCAGUUUGACUUCUAAUUUAAUUUAUUUAGCCAUGUGGACACCUGGAGAAGUGAAUCCCAUGCAACAAGAGGAUUGCUGCAUGAGUGACAUGAUGUAGCAGCCGUCCGGACCCUGCAGGAAGGGGCUGGAUGUGGGUACACUGAACACAAAGUAGAGCACACAGACAGAAACCUUGCUUACAUGAUGGUGGCUCAUUGUCAUGUAGCAACAGUGCCCCCUCUCUGCCACUCUGCUCAUGCUCCAGUGCAUGUGAUCAACCCUGCGGCCUCUAACUGAGGCGGCGUUUCAGGCAGUGCGACCUGCUGCAGAAAUCCUACAAAAAGAGGAAGAGACUGUUAAUCUCUGACCCCAGAAACUGAGAGGUCUCUCUGCCUGUGACACAAACGUGGUCAGUCUUUCUAGUACCGAUUCUGUGUCUCCCUGGGGAGACUGCUGUAGUCUGUAAUGUGAAUGAAGCCCUUCCAGGCUGUGUCAAUGGUUUUAUUUAAUGCUGUUGUUUUAUUGAGUCCUUCGCUCGGUCAAUGAGUCUGUUUAGAAGCUGUGGUGCCUUCUUUUGGUAUGUGGGGGUUUGAUGUAGUGGGAGCGGGAGGGGGGAGGGGACUGAGUACAAGGCAGGAGUGUGAAUGUUUCAAAUGAAAUGUUAACUUAGAAAUUUUUCUUUUGAUUUAUUUUUUCUCUUUCUCUUUAAAGAAAAACAAAAAAGCUCCACUGACGUCCCAAGUGGAAAAAAAGUGCUUGAAGCGAUGUAGUCAUGAUUACAUUAUAGCACCGGCUACUUUGCUUGUGAGUUCCGGGGAGGACGCUGUGAUAUGUACAAAGUAAUUGUUGCUCUUAUCACAUUGCAGUCAGUCUGAUGUCAUCAGUUUGCAAGAGACACGACAAAGCCACAUUAAAUUUUGUUUUGCAAAAUCCCUGUUGGACAAAAAAACCCCUCCUUUUUACCUUAUUUGGAUUGUACUGAAAAUGAUCUGUAGAUGGUAGAACCGUAAACUUUUCAUGUCGAAUUAUUGAACUUGAGAUUUCUUGGCGUAACAUAAUGCUAGCAUAGCUCUUUUUGCAUGCGUUGGAUCUGAUUCUGAUGAAACCGACAGCCUGCAUAUAGAUAUCUGAACAUCUACAGAUCAUCUGAGGCACUAUGCAAGUAAAAUAUUUGGCUUUCUCCAGAAGUAGCGAGUUUUAAAAGAAGGUUUGAUUUAAGAUUGCUGCAGUGCCUGUCCACGUUCCUUGUCUUGUGGAAGAUGGGUGACGCGGAGCAGUAGCAGGUUCGUAUUUUGGCGCACGGCUUUGACCGGUUUGGAGGCCCUCAUUUGUGUCAGAUUUGUUUUAAGAGCCAACUCCCUUAAAGAAAACCAGUCAAAGGUCUAAAUGAACUCUGUGAAAUCAGGGAAUUAUUAAGUGUGAUUCCGUUCAACAGUAAUGUCUUCUAAACAACCUCCUUUGUGACACUUCUAAUUGAAACAAAAAAAAAACUUUUAUAGCUCAGAAUGUAUUGAAAUGCAAUUAAUUACCAUGCAGUCUUUAUGCUUACUGGACUUUCUUUGAAUAAAAAAGAAUAAAGAUGUGCAAGUUCAAACCCUG